AUGCAUCGUUGUCUUCUUGAUGUUCUACCAACUGAAUUAUUCUAUAUAAUUUUUGAUUAUUUUUCGGGCCAUGAAAUUCUCACAAUAUUUUCAAAUGUUACUCCUUAUAUCAACAAGAUUUUACUCUCAUACUCAAAUUAUCAAGUAAAUUUCAAGUCGAUCCUUAAAUUUGACUUUGACUGUGUUUGUCAACAAAUACGACCGGAUCAAAUUGUUUCAUUGACACUUUCUGAUGCUGAUGAUACAGCAUAUCAAUCUGAGCUGUUUCUGUCUCAUUUUCAAAUCGAAUCAUUCACUCGGCUUCGAUCAUUAACCUUACACAAUGUUGAAACAAAAUCGUUGCUGAUCAUUCUUCAACAAAUAUGUAAAUUAAAUCGAAAUUUUCGACUUUCGUUAGAAAAUUGUGAUAUCAAACCUUUGGCUUCGAUUCAAAUUCCAUUUCAAUUACGAUAUUUAAAAUUUGGUGACUCACAUUUGGAGUCUAUAAAUGAUAUCGAAUAUGUGCUUUUGAACUUGCCUCAUCUCAAACAUUUUGAAUUACAUGGUAAAAAGGUUAAUCCUGGUUUAGCCAAUGGACAUCUAUGGGAAAACAUCACUAGUUCACUUGCUACAUUUAAUUUCAUUUUUCAUUUAAGAAUCACUGAAAUAGAACCAAUUCUACAUAGUUUUAGAACUUUCUUCUGGAGCGAAAAACGUUGGUUUGUAGCUUACGAAAACGAUCGUCUGUUCACAGUGCCACGUUUCGCUAAUGACCGUUGCAUCGAUAACUUUCAAUCUCCUGUGUAUUCAACAGCUCUUGAUGAUAAAAUUUUCACGGAUAGCAUCACUACACUCGUAUUAUCACAGUCAUUUGUUAAUUUUCAACAACAACUUCCUAAUGUUCGAACAUUGCAGAUCGCUAGCGAUGUUCAUCCACAUCAUCUUUCAUGUAUUAUUAAUGUAAAGCGAGUGGAGCAUUUAAUAUUAUCGUUUCCAAUCCUACAACCAUUAUCAAACAUUGUUCAUAUUCUAAACAUUUAUGGUCUUCGAGAAUUGUCAAUAAUGACAAACCCAUUUCAGCUUCUAGAACAACUCAAAGGUAUGCAAUUCAAAAAUAUCAGAACAUUGACAAUGCCCUCUGCAUUUAUAUUUGAUGAUCAUUAUCCAGUUGAACAGCUAUGUUUUAUUUUUCCAUGUGUACAACGCCUACGCAUAGAUUCAAUUAACAAAGCAAUCAUGAUCCGUAUGAUUGAUGGAUUUAUACAUUUGUCAGAUGCAUCGUUCUGUCUUAAAUCAUUUUCCAAACGCGAUCAAAUCGAUUUGAAAGUAAAACCAGAAUGGGCACUUUAUGAAGUACGACGACUAAAAUGUUUCACCUAUACUUGUCGAUAUGAAAAUUCAUAUCUACACGUAUGGAUCAGUGAACAAGUGAGUCAGCUGCAAAUGAAAAUAUUUUUCUUGUUCUAAUAGUAUUGUUAUUUAGCCUUUAUCUUCUUCCGAAAUAUGGCAUUCGUUGCAACAAAGAAAUCACUGGUAUUACAGAGUUAAAUCGAUUAGCAGAUCGUUGGUUAAUCCAUUGAUCAAUUUUAUCAAUACUUUCAUUCCCUCGUCUUAAAGGAGGACCGUGAAAAAAAUACGUCGUCCGUUUGCGUGUUACAAGGUCAAAAGAUAUCAGGUUAAAAGAACAUCAAAGUCCAAAAACAGACAUCUACGAUGAGUUUUUGAUAAAAGUUUACGAAAAUAAAACGACAUCGAAGAAUCUGAAUCUGAAAUCAGGUUUUCAAGAAUUCAAACAAUUAUUUUUAUGAAAAGCACACACAUUGCUCUCUUCAUUAUUUUCUAAAGAAAAAGCGAGUUUACUUGAGAAAAAGACAUUUGCAAGAAGGGAAAAUCGAAAUAUGGAAAAUAAUGUGAGUUUGGAAUCUAUAAUUGCUCUUUAAUUUCGGUAACCUCUUUGCAGUAUCGUUGUCAGCAUGGGUCAGAGUAUGUUCUAAUGCGGAGAGUGUGACAGUAAAUCGUAGCAUAAUGAAAUAAUGGUUACAUACUACUGGCGCUUACUCUGAAGUGCACGAUAUUGAAUAAUUCCUGUUUAUCUACAGUAGUUCUGAGUGAAAUAGCCUUUUUCUGUACACUCUAGCUAAGUCGAAAGAGAUAGCAUAGAAAGAAUUUUAUAAGUGAGUUACAGCCUGUAAAGUAAAUACAGAGUAACCAAUGAUUGUUUUAAUGUAUUUCAAUAACGCAGCAAAAGAUUACGAACAAGACCUGAGAGAAAUGGUGGCGAACGACUGACCACUAAUACUGCAAACGCAGGGUAUUGUUGCUUCACAAAAGACAUAUGCAAAACCAACAUUUAUCGAGAAUACACAAGUAACGCGACGCAAACGUCGCCAACCCUCUACUGAAAGGAUUUUAGCAAAGAAUAGCUGCCAGCAGGCUAUCCUGCAAAGUGAGUGUGAAUUUCG